CUCGCAAAGCCGAUAACAGGAAGAGUUUUAGCUCAGGUCGGUAUAUUUUGCCAGUCUCUAAGCCGUGCUGUACCAAAGAGCAAGGCACCGUAGUAUUUUGUCGCACGAGACGAACAGAAUUCGAGCAGCGACUUCGGAAAUUCUACAGUCCCCUGUCCCGACAAUAUAUUUUUUUCAGGGCGCCUCUAAUCCCGUCGAAGAGUCAGCAUAGUUAGUAGUUUUUUUCGGCGGAGUAAAAGGUAGCGACGAGUUUGUAUGAUAUAGGAGCCUUAGAAGGAUCUCUGCUUGUGAUCGCUUUUGGUCUUAGCGUGUAUCGGAUUCUAAGGAGACAGGCGGACCGUGAAGGACCAUAAUAAACGUUAAAGCCGUGGUGAGAUCAGCCGCUGGUAACCAGGAAUGUAACCUCGACAAGAAAUAAGACGCUAAAUCGGAGACGGUGGUCAGAACGGGCUGGCUACGGGUAACGGGAGUCGAGACUGUUUGUAUUGAGUCGACUCAUAAGUUCAUAACGCACCCAGAAGGCGGUCAGAAGGCUACGGGUGGCGGGAGCCGAGACUGUUUUUAAACGUCCAAAGGAAAUAGGAGUUGCCGCCGGCCAAGACAGGGCAGGGAAUUGAGAAGACCUGAGAGUUCCAGGCGAUGGCGACAGCUGAACAGUAACAGGAGGUGGCGAAAGAUACAGUGUUACAGGCGAUGGCGUAGGCUAAACAGUAACAGGGGCUGGCGAACGCUAUAGAGUAACAGGCGAUGGCGACGGUAAAACCGGAGCCUGAGGAGGAGGAGGGGUUGCGGAUGGAGGCAUGGUGGGGAGAGGAAGGGGAGGGGGAGUCGAGUGAGGAAGUGGUGAUUGAGGAGGAAUAUGUGAACGAGGAAGAGGGGGAGGUGGAGGAGGAGGAAGAGGAGGAGGAAGAGGAGGAGGUGGAGGAGGGAGAGGAGGAGGAGGAGGAGGGAGAAGAAGAGGAGGACGAGGACGAUGAGGAAGAGGUGGAGGAGGAAGAGGAGGCGGGGGAGGAGGAUGAGGAGGUUGAGGAGGAGGGGGAAGAGGAGGUGGAGGAGGGGAUGGAGGAGAGGAAGAGGGAGGACGUUGGGGGAAUUCCUGUAAAGGCCGGCGCUAGAACUGGUGCUACGCGCGUCGCUUCUUCGGAGAUGCCUCUGAAGCCGUCUGCAGUCGAGGAGGAGAACAAACGGGCUGGUGCUUUGGGUGUAGGAGCGCCAACGGAUUCAUAUUCAGGUGGUGAGGUGAUUGUGAAGCAGCAGGGAGUGGAGGAAGAGAGGAAGGACUCUGUUGGGUUGAGUGAAAACUCCUUGGCAUGCGUGGGGGGCGACAGAGCGGCUGGUGCUAGGGGGUUAGCGCCAACGGAUGCAGGUGCUGCUGCUGCUGCUGCUGCUGCGUCCGGUUCUGGGCGUGGUGCAACCGAGUCAAAUGCUGCUCAAACGCGCAUUGGAAGCUGUAGAGGGAAUGCCAGUAACGUGGAUGCAAUUGCUACAGCAAGGGAGGGGGCAGUAACAGAGGGGGCAGUAACGGAGGGGGAAGUAGCACCCGAGGUUGUAGCACCUGAGGCAGUAAGAGCGGAGACAGAAGCAGUGGAGGUAGGAGCAGGAGAGGCAGGAGCAGCGGAAUCAAAAGCAGCAGAGUCAAACGCUGGAGAGACAGGAGCAGUGGAGACAGGAGAAGCAGGGGCAGGGGCAGCGAAGACAGAAGCAGGAGAGGCAGAAGCAGGAGAGGCAGAAGCAGGAGAGGCAGAAGCAGGAGAGGCAGAAGCAGGAGAGACAGAAGCAGGAGAGGCAGAAGCAGGAGAGACAGAAGCAGGAGAGGCAGAAGCAGGAGAGACAGAAGCAGGAGAGGAAGAAGCAGGAGAGACAGAAGCAGGAGAGGUAGAAGCAGGAGGGGCAAGAGCAGGAGAGGUAGGAGCAGGAGAGGCAGGAGCAGCGGGGGGAAAAGCAGCGGAGACAAGAGCAGAAGGGACAAGAGCAGCAGAGACAGUAGUGGAGGAAAGAGGCACACCAACGCAGGCAAGCAGGGCACCGCCUAAGCUGGCCAAGGAGCUCAACUCUCUACUGGAUGUUGCCUGCAAGACAGCGGAGCAGGCAGUUGCGGCUUGGGAAGAGGGGAGAGAAAUUCACGAAGCAAAGGGAGCAGCACAAGGGGGCGAGCGAGCGGCGCAAGGGCGUGGCACACCGACGCAGACAAGCAGGGCACUGCCUAAGCUUGCCAAGGAGCUCAACUCUCUACUGGACGAUGCCUGCAAGACAGCCGAGCAGGCAGUUGCGGUGUCCUCUCGGCAUGCUCAAAUUUGGCAUUCUUGUUCCCGUGCCUGCCGGCGCUCUUCCGUCUUCCUCUGCCUCCUCUGCCCCACCUCCCUCUGCUGGCGCUGCCUUCGCUCCCUCCGCCCCUACAUCUGGCUGGACCCCGCCUCAUCUGCCCGAGUGGAAAAAAUCUGGACCUCGCAUUUUUUCCGGGCAGCUCAGUUUGCUGCCCGACUCGCUUCAGGCAGGGCUAUUCUCAACAUGGAUGAUGUUGACUCUCCUGCUUGGUACUUCAAGGACUAUCACUCGGUGAUGCGCGAUCACGGUAGACUGGUGAUCGAUGUGGGGAAGGCUCCAGAUGACUGGGGGUCUCUGAAGGAUUUGUGGUGGUGGGGGAAUGAGCUCGGGAUGAUGGAUGUGGGGGAUGAUGAGGGCGAGGGAGAAGGGGGAGGAGAGGACGAGGAAGGAGAGGGGGAGGUGGGGGAAGAAGAGGAGGAAGAAGAGGAGGAAGAAAGGGAGGAAGAAGGGGAGGAAGAGGUAGAAGAGGAGGAUUAUGAGGACGAGGGAGAAGGAGGAGAAGGGGAGGAGGAGGAGGAGGAAGAUGUGGAAGGUGAGAGCCAAGUGGAGUUCAGGGAAGUGAGUGAGAGUGCGAGUGAGGGGGAAGAUAUUCCGAUCUCUAGAAAGUAUAACGUGGUAUCAGGGCUACAUCGGACUGGCCUGGAAGCUCAAAAGACGCCUUGUUGCAACUUCGUGCGGCACUCUUUGUGCGAUGAGACAGGGAAGUCUGCGAGCCAGCUGGGUUUUGAGUCAACUCAAGGUGAGAGAGGGAAGCUUGCGAGCCCUUCUGGCGAUGACAUUGAGUAUUUCACCUCAGCGGCCCACGCCAGCUCUGACUUCGGUCCUCCGGGUUUCAACAUAGCCCAGCAGCAGCACAUGCUUGUGGUGACAGUCUUGGAUGGGCGAAAAAACCGCCUGGAGAGGUGCCGUGUGGCCGAGUUCUCAGACGGGGUGUUCAGAGGUCCAGAGGUGGAGGAGGUGCGGGAGCUGGUGAGGCGCGGGUCUCUUCCCCCCUUCUAUAUGGACAAGCUGGAGGAGCAUGUGCACCAGCUGAGGCGAAUCUUCUUCGAGACGGAGUACCAGCAAACCCUUGAGCGAUCUCAUCGCCUCCUCAUGGACAUCAGGCAUCCGGACUACCGCCCCUCCUUCCUCAACCGCCCCGUGCUAUUAGAUGCCGAUACUGAUGGAACCUCCGCCCCCAGAAACCCACCUUCGCAUCCUUCUCUUCCCAUUCCUUCUCAUCUUCCCCCCUCGCAUUCCUCUCUCUCCCCUCCCGCCCACCCCCUACCUUCGCAUCCUUCUCUUUCCACUCCCGCCCAUCCCCCUCCCUCGCAUUCCUCUCUCUCCCCUCCUGCCCACCCCCAACCUCCGCAUCCUUCGCUUUUCACUCCCGCCCAUCCCCCUCCCUCCCGAGUCUUUGUCCCUACACCUAAUGCCAGUAGAGCCCCGGCCUUUGACGUGCCUCACGAGCAGGCCUCGCCGCCCCCAGGAGUCCCAGCCUUUGAGGCGCCUCCCCCUUCUCUUGCCACACUUCGUGCCAACAGAGCCCCAGCAUUUGAGGUGCCUCACCGGCAGACUACUCCCCCCCCAGGGGUCUCUGUCGUGGCGCCUCAUUGGCCGAGGCACACCACCGAUCCGUCUCCAAAUUCCCGUCCUCCUGUCAACCUGCCUCCUCCUCCCCCGGGAAUCCCACCCCCACAUGCGGUUAUUGUUUCUCCUGCUCCUGCUCCUGCUCCUGCUUCUGUUCCUGCUCCUGCCACUCGAUCUGUUGAUGCUGGUGCGGCUGCAGGUGAUGGCACUACUGCUGCUCCUGCUGCUGCUGCUGCAGCAGCUGCGACUGCUGGUGGUGCUCGGGAUGCUGAUAUGAGUGCAAGCAACAGCCAGCAGCAGCAGCAGCAGCAGCAGCAGCAGCAGCAGCAGUCGGGGCAUGGAGAGACCUCAGACAGGGGAAGCACUCACGAUAGGAAGCGGGAGAGGGAAGGGGGGGAGAGGGAUGAUGGGGUGAGUGGGAGAGACGGGAAGCGAAGGAGAGAAAGGGAGAGUUUGGGUGAGGAAGAAAGAGUGAGGUAUGAGGAGAGGGGGAGGUAUGAGGAGACAGGGAGGGAGAGAGUUGGGGAGAGGGGAAGAGAUAUGGCUUGGAGGCGAGAUGACGACAGGGAGAGGGAGAGGGUUGAAGAAUUUAUACGAGAAAGGGAGAGGGAGAGGGAGAUAGAGAGAGUGAGGGUUGAAGAGUACAUACGAGAGAGGGAGAGGGACAGGCAGAGAUCAAGGAAGAGGCAGAGGGAUAGAGAACGGUGGAGGGAAAGGGAGAGGGGCAUAGAACGGUCGAGGGAAAGGGAGAGGGGUAGAGAAAGAGAAGCCUAUAUGGAGAGGGACAGAGGAAGUGGCAGGGAUGUGGGGAGGGGAAGGGAGCGAAGCAGUGAGAGGGAAACAGAGAGUCGUCGAGAUAGGAGCAAGGAGAGGAGGGAAGGUGGGAGUAAAGAGGGGAGGGAAGGUGGAAGCAAGGAGAGGAGGGAUGUUGGGAGCAGGGAUAAGGACAAGCAAGGGGUUGAGAAUGCUCAGAAGCAGAUGGUUCCCGAUGCCCCUUCUGCAGCUGCUACCGCUCCAGUUGUUACCCCCCCAGUUGCUCCCGCCCCAGUUGCUACUGCUGCAGCCGCUCUUACCCCAGAUGCUGUGUCUCUUGUAGCGCCUCAAAGACUGGGAGUGGAGAAUGGUUCAAAGGAAGUUGUUGCCGGUGCCCCACGUGCAGCUUCUUCCUCUGCAGUUUCUCCCACUUCAACUGCCCCUGCUGCGACCCCUGCUCCUCUUGCCUCGUCUUCCCUGGUCGCUUCUGCUACCCAUGCCACCCUCACUCUGUCUGCUCCCGCUGCUCUCGUUCCCACUGCCCCUGAUGCUCUCUCUCCCACUGCUCCAGCUUCCCCUGCUACCCCUACCACUCUUGCUCUGUCUGCUCCCGCUGCUCUCGUCCCCACUGCCCCUGAUGCUCUAUCUCCCGCUGCCCCUGCCACCAUCACCCCUAUCGAGGUUCCGGUCGCUGCUCCCCCUGCUGCCCCUACCGCUUCUGCUCUCCCUGCUCCUCCCGCUCCUCUCAUUCCCGCUGCUCCUGCGACCAUCACCCCUAUCGAUGUGCCAGUCACCGUCCUGUGCCAACCGUGGUGGUGCUACAGGGAUCCCAGGGGUCGCAUCCAGGGUCCAUACUCCCUUGCUGAUCUGUACCAGUGGGAAGCGCACAGGGGGUUUAGGGAUACCCUGGUGUGGAAUGCGAGGGACGCUGCUGCUGCUGCUGCUGCUGCUGCUGCUGGUGCUGGUGCUGGUGGUGCUGCUGCUGCGGUUGUUGCUGACCGAAUGGGGUCUCUUUUGGACGAGUGGAGGCUUGUGAAACUAGCAGCAGAGCAGCAGGUAGCAGCAGGGCAACAAUUAGCAGCUGGGCAGCAGGUAGCAGCAGGCCAACAAUUGGCAGCUGGGCAGCAGUUAGCAGCAGAGCAGCAUGUAGUAGCUGGGCAGCAAUUAUCGACAGAUGUGAGAUCAGCAGUCGAAGGGGAGCAACUUUCAGCAGGGGAAAGAUCAGGUGCAGACGAGCAUACCCUGUAUAGCAAUCCUCAAAGCAACCGUGGAGCUGGUGGUGAUGCGCUGUUGCUAGUUGACAUGCCACGAGAGACCAGUGGUGUAAUGACAGCGGCGGCAGCAGCAACAGCUGAAGCAUCAGUGGCGAAAGCAAAAGCAGAAGCAGAAGCGGAAGCAGAAGCAGAAGCGGAAGCAGAAGCAGAAGCAGAAGAAAAAGCAGCAGCAGCAGCAGCAACAGCAGGUGUAGGGGAAGCAGCAACAGACACAGCAACACCAACAGAAGCUGCAAAAACAGCAACACAAGCAGAAGGAGCAGCAGCAGAAGCAGCAAGGGGAAGAGCAGCCAAUGCAGCAAGGCGAACGGGAUUAACGAUUGUCGCACGGGGAGAGGAACGAAGAGUGGUACAGACGGCUGCUACGCCAGCAGCAGCAAGAGGAGCAGGAGAAGCGGCUACAGACACAACGGCUACAGACGCAGCAGCUACAGACACAGCAGCAGCAGCCGCAAGGGAAACAGCAGCAAGGCAACUGGGGUUAACGAUCGUUGCGUGGGGAGAGGAAAGAGAAGUGGUGGCUGCUAUACCGGAGGCAGCAAUGGCAGCUGUGGCAGCAACAUCAUCAUCAGCUGCUGCUGCUGCUGCUGCUGCUGCCUGUGCAGCUGGCGUUGCUGCUGCUGGUGGUGCAGUGUCGGCUCGAACUGCGGGUGAAGCAGCAGCAGGAGGAGCAGCACCCGUGGCACAAGUGGCAGCAUUGCGCGAUGGAGAAGCAGCAGCAGCAGCAGCAGCAGCACAUGCAGAGUUACAAUAUGUGGCAGCAGCAGUACCAGCAGAACCCACAGCAGUUUCAGGUGUUGAUGGUAUGAGCAUGGAUAUGAGCACAGACAUGGCCCUCGAUGGGGAUGGCGAUGGGGUUAAUGGUACUGGUAGUGUGAUUGCUACUGAUAGUCCCAAUGCAGCUCCUGCAGGAGAGGCGGGUGUGAAUGCUGAUCAUGCCUCUGAUGCAUCUCAGCUGUUGGUUUGGCGAGGAAUCGAGGGUGGAGAUGCGGCUGCAGCAGCGGCAACUGAUGGUGGUGCUCUUGGUGCCGCUGCCGCUGAUGAUGGUUGGGACUACAAUGGUGAUGACGUGGACUAUGGUGAUAAUGACGCAAGUGACUAUGGGGAAAGUGAGGAUGACGAUGAUAGUGACGGGGAUUCGCUAGGUUCUUUGGAGCUGAAGCUGGGGAUUCGGAGGAGGAUGGAGGAGAGGGCGGUCGCUGGGGCUGGGAAUGGGGCUGGGAGUGGUGCUGGCUGUGGGGUUGGGGGGAGCAAGGAAGAAGAGGUGAGGUGCGAGUGGCAGGAGGUGAGGAGGAGAUAGGGAGCAGGAAGCCCGUUUUAGGGUCCGAUUUAGGGUCCAAGGUGAGCGAAGAUCCAUCUAGAGCAAGAACAGGGGAAGGUACACCUACUGGGAGAUCAGGUGAAGGUACACCCAGAGCACCAACUGGGGAAGGUGUGAAACGACAAGCUGUGGAGUCGGACGUGGGAAGGCAGGGGAGGAGACGACGUGAGGACAGCUCGGAUCGAACAGAUUUAGAGAGGAGGGAGGGGCACGGGCGAAGUUGCAGCGACAGACGUAGGGGUAGGAGCAGUAGGAGCAGGAGCAGGAGCAGGAGCAGGGAUAGGCACAGGAGCAGGAGUAGGGAUAGAGGUAGAAACAGGAAGAGGAGCAGAGACGGGGGAAGGGGGAGCAGCAGGAGCAGGAGCAGAAGCAGAAGCAGAAGCAG